AUGUCGAGCUUCAGCGGCGAUGUGACGGCCCCGUUCUAUGGCUUCCUCGGCGCCGCUGCGGCCCUGGUGUUUUCCUGUGAGAUAUCAUCUCCUCCUCGCUAAGAUUUAGGUUGAUGGCCGCGGAGGUUUUGAUUUGGGGACUUCGUUUCUGUAGGUAUGGGGGCGGCGUACGGUACCGCGAAGAGCGGAGUUGGUGUCGCGUCGAUGGGUGUGAUGCGGCCAGAGCUCGUGAUGAAGUCCAUUGUUCCCGUCGUCAUGGCUGGAGUCCUCGGGAUCUACGGAUUGAUCAUCGCUGUGAUCAUUAGCACAGGAAUAAAUCCCAAGGCGAAGUCGUACUACCUGUUCGACGGGUACGCUCACCUCUCAUCUGGUCUAGCUUGUGGUCUGGCCGGCCUCUCUGCGGGGAUGGCGAUCGGGAUUGUCGGGGACGCCGGAGUAAGGUGAUUCUUUAUGUGGACCCUCCAUCUUCUCGCUUGUCCAUUCAGAUCCUGCGAUACGGACUAGAUCGAUCGACAUCUGUUGUUUCGUUUAAAUUGGUUCAAUCUGAUCUUGUCUCUCAACAUCUCCAUUUAUUUUUCAUGGUCAUCAUCCUUCCUUGGGGAACCUUCAAUCGUUAGUUAUGCAGUGGCGUUGUGACGGAGACUUCUGAAUUGGUAGCUGGGUUAAUAUUUGAUGGGGGCUCAUCUGGAUUUACAGUCUUUUUGCCGAUUUCAUAAUUCUUUGAAGAUCACUCGUAAACUAUUUCACUGAAAUGUUGCUUCAAUCUAUUCGAAGAUCUUAGCCGUCUUUCUCAGGUAGCUAUUACAAGUCGUUUAUGCUUUCAGCUAUUUUUUCUGAGAUUUUUAUUAUCUAUAACUUAUCCAUACACAUUGGAAUAAUGAACGGAUUAUUUGUAAAUUUUCCCACUUGCUUUUGAAUUGAUGUCAAUCUUCUUAGACCAGUAGCCUGAGGCUUUCCUUUUUGAUAAUAGGUUCCCAGAUCCUUACAUGAUCCUAACUAGGAGUCGUGGGUCUACGAGGACAUAUUUACUGAUGCAGAUAAAGCUCUGAAAAUAAAGUGUAAAUUUGAAGAAAAAAAUCUGGAAGGAAAGAAAUUGAAAAGGGCAAAAAGGCAUCUUAAGCAUAUUUGUCCAUUGAAAGUUACUAUAACGAAUACUAAAAAUCGAAUCAUGUCGCUGAAAGAGUCUUUGGAUGUUUAUAUGCGACCAUCUCAGAUCGUAAACCAUAAGGCUUUUAAAUAUCUAAGUUAGGAUUAUCUUCUUCGGAUUAUGAUUUUUCUGAGGCUUUCUCUAACAACUACUACCCUUUUUUUUUUAGUUCUUUGAAUUUUUCCCUGGACAUCUAACUUGUUCAGCUACCUGAGAUAGAUCUAUGUGGAUGAAUCCUUGUGAACAUUUAGCUUCGACCAUGAAUUGUUUUCAAGCAACCUUGAAUAUUUCGUUUAUUGUCAUACCCCAUUAGGUUUUCCCGUCACUAUUUCCAUUUUUUUACUUAAUGGAUGUCUAAAAAAUUUAUUUUCUUUUGGGCAUCAUUACCUUAGAUCUUUUGAAACUAUAGUGGUUUUAGCGUAUGAGACAAUUUACCAAGUUCUAGCGCAUUGCGUGGCAUAUUCACUUCUAAUAGGACAGGACAGUGUUUAGCUUUCUUAUCACUGUUUGUCGUCCAAAGGGAAUCUUACAUCACAUACAGAGUCUGGGAUUGAUCACUAGUAUUGAUAGUGCAAUAACAGACACAAGCUUAUGCUAACUACAAUCUUGGUCACCUCCCGUGCCACCCCGUAAAUAGUGGACAAAAUAUGGGGAAUUAGACUUCCAAUUUGCGACUAUCUGAUCAACAAGAGGAUUGAAAUGGACGAGACGGGUGCUUUAUGGGGUGAAUGAAAUCCAGUGAAAGUCAGUCCUUUCUUUCUUAUUCUCAUCAGGUUUCUGAACAGAGUUUGGAAGUCAUUAGAAUUUUUGGGACCCUUUAAAUCGAUCGUGUAGUUCAUUUCAGGAAGUUCCUAUCCAAACCAGGUUUAGAAAAAAAGAAAUAUAUAUAUAGAGAAAAGGUCACCACGUAAGAUUAUUGGGUUGGCUCAGGGUUUUAGCACACUAAAUAUUUGGUACAGGAGAUCACUUAGAAGAAACAUUAAGAUAAUAUGGUUGAUAUUAAUCAAAUGAUGGUCACUUGAUUCUUGAGGAUGGGCUCUGGACACUCACAAAAUAUCGUCUAUACUCUUCUAUGAAGGUGUAUGUGCCAUCACAUUUUCCCAAAUGCUGUUAGCUAUAUAUACGUUUAUUUCUGUAUUUCUCCUUUUCUUCUUCAAUUCGUCGUUUUUCAUUCUCUUCAGAAAAUACUGCGUUCCCUGGUUCUCUUGUACAUGCUUUAAUGGCUGCACAAACCUCGCAUUAUUCACAGAACUGAAUCAAUUGAUGCCAGUCGCUAAGUCCAUUAAAAACACCAGCUUUUUGGGUCCAAAGAAAUAUAUAAGAACCCUAAAUCUGAACCCACAGGAGAAGACUCGAACCCAUGGAUUCUACUGGAUUCGAUGCGGCUUGGCUCUGUUCUUUCAAGACGAGGGUAUUGGGGAUAGGAUUCAUGUGGCACAUAUAUUGUGUACCCAGAUCAUUUCCUCAUGAAAAAUGUCAGCUUUCGGCUAGAUGAUUGGGUAUUGUUGAUAUUUUAUUUUCUGUUUGAUAUAUCUCACAUUUUAUCCGAAAGAUUCACCAGAUAGAUCCAUGGUUGAUUCCACUGAUAUAUUAAGUAAUAUCCAUUAUAUAUAUAUUUAAUUUUUUUUCCCGGACCCAUCUGAUUAUGUCCACCCGAAUUGGCUGGUGGAAUAAUGUCCAUCCCUCUGAGUGGUCGGUUUUCAUGUCUUUCCAGGGCGAACGCGCAGCAGCCGAAGCUCUUCGUGGGGAUGAUCCUCAUCCUCAUCUUCGCCGAAGCUCUCGCCCUCUACGGCCUCAUCGUCGGCAUCAUCCUCUCCUCUCGCGCCGGCCAGUCUCGAGCAGAGUAG